AUGACACAGAUCAAGUGGCCACCAGGCCUCAAUAAAGAUGAUUUGGUAGGAUGGGGUAACUUUGGCUUCGUCUGUUUGGACUCUUCAUCCGGCACAGUGGUCAAAUCACCUCACGACGAAGAGCACGACGAGGCAAUUCGCAUCGAAAUGGCCAUCUACAAGCGUUUUGAAGAGUCUGGCAGUCAUCCAGGACUUUUGCGAUAUCUGGGACCUUGUGGAUCGGGCCUACGCCUUGAGUUUGCCAGCAACUAUGGUCUUCGCAAGCAUAUUCAAGAGAAUGGGGAUGAGAUCACUGGCGAUCAGCGGCUUCGAUGGUGUCUACAAAUUGCUGAUACACUCGCCUUUGUUCAUUCCAAGGGUGUUGUUCAUGGGGAUCUCCAGUGGGCAAACAUUUUCUUGGACGGAAAUAUGAACGCGAAGGUCGGUGACUUUGCCGGCUCUUCUUUGGAUGGUCAUCCCCUCAUGGUUAGAGUAACUGCCAGUCAUCGCUCACCGGGAUCACUACUGUUGGCACAGGCUGACAUUUUCGCUCUUGGGUCUACUCUAUUUGAGGUCACUUGCGGUCAGAGUCCUUAUGACGGACAGACGGAUAAAGAAAUCAAAGAUUUGUUCGAGAAGUCCUUGUUUCCAGAGACGAAACAUCUCGGUCCCAUUGGAAACAUAAUUACUGGUUGCUGGAAAGGCAAGUACAAAACUGCGUAUGAAGUCUGUCAGGAUAUCAAGGCUAUUCAGCUACCAGGCAAGCCUCCUUCAAGCACAUUCUGA